UGAGUUACUGGUCAACUUGAAACCUGAAAUCAACGUCUCGCGAGUGCUCCAUGCAUUCAGCAUGGCAAGAUUUGGUAUGGUGUUAGUCUUAAUCGUUUGCUUUCUUUGUUUCCAUUGUGGCCUUGCCGUAAGAUUUAACUUCACAAGAACUAUCUUUGUUUCUCCAACGGGAAAUGACACCGUUCCAGACUGUGGCAUGUCACUCGCUUCGCCAUGCAAAACACUUGACUUCGCUUUACAGAAAGUGCAACCUACCCCUAGCUCAACACGGAUCUUCCUUAAACCCGGAAAUUACAGUUUGAACAAGAGUUAUGACUUCACAAAAAUAGAAAAUUUUGCGAUUUACGGCGAGGGCAAUUCACGGGAGGUACUGAUCUCAUGUACCAAGCACAUUAUAAACGCGUCUUUGUCAUUUACUUUGGCAAAAGGUUUGUUAUUCAAAGGGUUUACUUUGAAUGGAUGUGGCGGCUGGCGAAUUAGUUCAGUUGGACGUAAAGACUGGUAUCCUGCAAAUCCUAAGUUUAUAACAGCGUUAUACAUCAAUUAUUGCUUGGAUCUGACAAUAAGUCAAGUCAAUAUUUCCAAUACGCCUGGUGUUGCUGUUAAUAUUUAUUCAGUAGCUGGAACUGUGACAAUACGCGACUCUAUCUUCAACAACAAUGUCCCACUUGGCUCCAACGAAACAAAUAUCAACACCAACAGCAGAGAUGUUUUAAUGGUUGGCAAUUCUGGAGAAUACGCUAAAUCAGGUGGAGGGAUCUUUCUACUCUUAGGUGCUAUAAAUAAUAACCCACUGAAACCAUCUCCUGAACAUACCAAAGAGUACUUCAAACCCAGCAAUAUCAUCACUAUAACAAACUGCUCUUUCACACGUAACAGAGCUCCGACUCCUGAGUUUCCAGUGACUGCAAUUCCAUCGCUUCCAUUCAGCCGUGGAGGUGGCUUAGCAAUCUUUAUUACUGGGAAUUCCUCUAGUAAUAGUCUUGUGAUGAAUUCAUGUGAAUUUAUUCAAAAUGAGGCUGUUUGGGGRGGUGGUUUACAAGUAGAAUUGAGUAAUAGAGCACAAAAUAACACUAUUACUUUCAUUAAUACAAAGUUUAAGUAUAACCAUGCAAGGGCGGAGGGUGGAGGGCUCAGGUGGUCAUCAAGUUUGGAAGAAGACUUAACCUUGUUACCUAAUUUCCUAAACCUAAUUUCAUGUCAGAUUUAUGGAAAUAGGGCAAUAUGGGGUGGAGGACUAACAACCUAUGGAACAACCUUUUUGACAUUACCAAAUGAAGACAUUGAAUAUCAACGCAGUUUGAUCACUUUUCGGUCUUGUAAGAUUAAUGAAAACAAAGGAACAGUAGGAGCUGCAAUUGGUUCUUUCCUGGUUAACCGCAAUGAGGAUGACAUUGGACCAGGACUUCCUUACCACAUGAUAUUUGAGAACUGUACUGUCUUUAAUAAUCAUGUUAUUGUCAGGGAACCAAGUUAUGUAGUUGGCCAAGGUUCUAUAUACUCUGAUGAAGUUCCUCUCAUCUUCAAAAACAAUAACAGCAUUUUCAAUAAUGACAACACUGCUCUUGUUCUAGACUCAGCUACAAUGGUGGUUUACAACAAUGUGAAUUUCUCCCACAACAGAGGGUUUCGAGGGGGAGCUCUUGCUCUGUAUGGAGACUCCAAGAUAUUAUUAAUGAAACACUCCUCACUUUAUUUCUUUGAAAAUCACUGUGAUGAGAAGGGUGGGGCAAUGUAUGUCAGCGCCCCUGGCCCACCCCUGGUAAGUUUCAGUUCAAAUGGGAUAAAGAUCCACAAAUGCUUUUUCACUUAUGAAGAACCAGGUGUAGAUUUCAAUGACUGGGAAACAGAGGUCAUCUUCCAAGGUAACAGUGUUGGUGACAGCAGCUUUGCAGGUAACUCAUCAGGAAGAUCUGUGUUUGCUUCAACAUUGCGUGAUUGUGGUCUUGUUGGUGAAACCAGGGAAAACAACACUGCUUUAGAAUGGAAGUUUAUUAAAUACAAAGGAAAAGAUGGCAACCCUGUGGGAAUCAAGGGAGAAGUUGUCACUGAACCAAUAGACAUCAUCUUCAAUGAAUCUGAGUGGAAAGUUUCUCCAAGUCAAGUUUUUAGUGCUUCAAUGUCUUUGAUUGAUGAGAAACAGAACAAUGUGUAUGGAAUUAUUCAAGUCUCUGUGUCAGGCAAUCACUCUAAAGCCAGGCUUGGAGGAGGUUCUCCAUUGUUUCUUGUAUAUGAUAAAGUUGCCAAUCUCUCUGUAUUGGGUGUGCCAAAUGAUUACUUCUAUGUUGAUCUCAGAACAACCAGCAAGCACUUAGUUCACAAAACGAUCAAAAACCUUCAGCUUCAGCCCUGCAACAGAGGUUAUUAUUUUGAUAACAACAGAUGCAAAUGUAAUUCAGACGAAGAAAAAGGCAUAUACAACUGCAGUGAUGAUGGACAGACGAUUUUCAUACGUCAAGGAUACUGGGCUGGUAUGGUUGAUGAUGAUUUCUAUACUCACACAUGUCCAGAGAGUUACUGUGCUUUUAACAGCUUAAACAACCAAAGUCUUGCUUACAAGUACUUCAGCAACAACAUGUGUAUAUCAAGCAGAGAAAGUGAGAGUAUUUUGUGCGGAUCCUGUAAGAAGAACUACACUGUGCUGAUUGGUAGUGAAGAAUGCUCAUCUGAAUGCAAUAAUUAUUACUUACUCACCAUGAUACCUUAUGCCAUUAUCUUCUUCAUUGCCGUCAUGUUAAUCAUGUUGAUUAAUUUAGAUGUGUUUACAACAUAUCUCAACGCUUGGCUCUACUCUUACCAAGUGAUGAGUCUCUUGUUUAUUGAGGGGUUCAAUGUGGAUGAAUUCAUGCAGUUUAUAAUUGGUCUUGCUAAUCUACGAAUCAAAACAGGGGGGUCAUGCCUUCUAACAGAUAUCACCGAUGCUGACAAACUGAUGCUCAUGUACCUCCUGCCGACGUAUAUUCUUGCAUCUGUUUUUGUCCUGGCCAAGAUUGUAAGAAGAUGGCCAAAUUGGUGCUACAGCCGCCGUGUCAAGGCUCCAUUCCGUGCUCUUUGUACAUUGUUUGUAUUGUGUUACACCAACAUCACAUCAAUUUCACUCAAGAUCCUCUACCCUGCUUACAUAGGACAUAGGACAGUACUGUUCAUGGAUGGAGAGAUGGAUUUCUUCAAAGGAAGGCAUAUUGCAUAUGCAAUAAUUGCUAUUAUUUAUCUUCUACUCGUGGUUAUUCCAUGCCCUUUGAUACUGAUGUUUACACCUUAUUUUACCAAGCUGUUGAUGCCAAUAGUCAAUGUCAACACUCUAAAGCCAUACUACGAUGCCUUUCAAGGCUGCUUUAAAGAUGAAUACCGCUGGUGCUCUGCAUUUUACUUUGUAUGCCGACUGUAUCUCCUGCUUGUAUCAACCUACAUGCCAUUAGGGCCUUGGAAAAGAGUAUUGCUUGAAAAUUCCUGUAUGAUCAUCCUGGCUCUAUUUGUGUACCUAAAGCCUUACAAGAAGGAGUAUAACUGGUUAAACCUGUUAGAUGCUGUGUUGCUUUGCAACCUUGGAUGUAUGGCAAUAUUUGGAACAGCAGUACAAAAUUCUCAAAGCUUUCCAGAGUAUCGUAACCAGUUUGUUGGAUUUAUCAAAGUUAUGUCCUAUGUGCCAUUAUGUUACCUGAUCUGCCUCCUUAUCUACCUGGCCAUCCAGUAUCGUGAGUAUAUCAGGCAGUACAUGGCUCGAAAAUUGAGGRCUGACAGUAGCACAGUUCUGGAAAACUACAGUGAGACAGAUCCUGAAACAACUGUUAACUUGGGACAGAAUGAGGAGCAGCCAUCAGCACAGCAACUACAGGAAGUCACCUGAAGACUGUUGAAUCGACACUGAAUGUACUGAAAGUGAUGCAGCGGCGACAUGAAUACACACUUCAAGAUGGUGCAAAAAAGAUUUUGAUUUUACUAUUGAUUGACAGUCUGUUUUGGUCACCAAAAUGUAUUUUCAAUUUUAGUUUAACUUGAAUUAUUAAUACAUUAAUAUAUGUACUUGUAGACUGCACUACCUGCAGGUAAGUAGGCAACCCUGUAGGUAACCCUGACAUGGAUGCUUGCAAAAGAGAGUUCAAAAUUUCAAAGAUAAUAAAAUAUUACAUAUAGUUUAGAUGUUAUUAUGUAGUAGAAAGGUGAAAGGAAUUUAAUUUGCCAUCACUGGAAGAGCGCAGAAUAUCAUUGUGCCAAAAAUACAUCAAGAAUGUUAAUGAUCCUGUACACAGGACAAUAAAAAUCAGCUGUUCCUAUAAGUUGAGGACAACCUCCAAUUAUUAGAAAAAUAUUACAAGAACUAAGAGACUUAAAGAUUUUGUUUCUGCAAAAUAUCUGUAAUAUAUUAGUAAUAGUGUUCUAUGCCUUCAUAAUUGUAAUAUCAGUAUUGCGCUCUUCCACGGUAAUUCAGUGCUUUUCUCCCUUUACACUGCGAUAGGAAUGAAAAAAACAUAUUAUUAUUGUUAUAAAUAAUAUUAUUGUAUAGUAUCAUUUAGAUGUCAAGAUAUUUAGUGCAUUUUAUAUUUACAUGUAGUAGUAUAUUUUGGUAAUUUUUUAGUUUAUUAAAGAUAUUAUGCAA